AUGUUAAGAUCAUUUUUAUUACUUAAUAGUGUGAUAGCUUUUGCGUCUACACAGCAGGUUCGUUAUGACGACUAUGCUUUGUACAAAGUGCAUCCACAGAAUGAAGAACAUAUCAAAUUCCUGAAUAAACUUGAACAAGAUAACAUAGGAUAUGAUUUUUGGAAGACUGUGAAGCGUGUUGGUGAUUAUGCAAGUAUUGUAGCACCUCCAGAGUUGAGGAAUGAAUUCGAACACACUUUGGCAAAACGGAACAUUCGAUCGGAUUUAAUGCUAGCUAAUAUUCAGGAGGCAAUUGAAUCCCAAGCAAACAGUAGAAGAAAACGCGACGAUGGGAUGCACUGGACCGCCCAGCAAACAAUCGAUCAAAUAUACGGAUGGUUCCAUGAAUUAGCAUCACAACAUAGUUUCGUUUCGAUCAUACAACUCGGGACAACUCAUGAAGGCAGAAACAUCACUGGCAUAAGGAUUUCAAGAGGAUCAAGUGGGCGCAAUAUCAUACUCGAAGGGGGUCAGAUCGGAGCAGACUGGUUGUCGCCAACAGUUCUGACGUUCGUGGUUGAUCAACUAGUUCGAGGUGAAGAUCGUGACGCGAGAACUGCUGCGCAAGACUUCGACUGGCACAUUUUUCCGAUUCUGAAUCCAGACGGUCAUCAAUUCUCACAAGAUUCAGUUCGACUAUGGACCAAAAACAGGAGUCCAACCUUUGGCACAAAUUUGGGCGUCGAUCUAACAAGGAACUGGAAUUCUCAAUGGGGAGUCAUCGGCGCCAACUUUAAUCCGGCAUCCAACAACUACGCUGGUCACGGUCCGUUUACAGAAGUGGAGACCAGAUCAAUGUCCCGGUACAUCGAAUCGUUGUAUCCGACCGUAGUGGCAUAUCUGUCCUUCAGAGGGUUCGGCCAAAGACUGCUGAUCCCGUUCGCACAUACCACUACUCCUAUGUACAAUUACGAGCAAAUGGUGACAAUUGGAAGACGUGCUAUGGGAGCUUUGGCAGCAAGAUAUGGUACCCAAUAUCUAGUUGGCCCCUCUUUACUAUUGCACGAUGGUAGCACGGGGAAUGUUGCUGAUUUUGUGAAAUACCGUUACAACGUCACAGUAGUUGCCACUUAUCACCUAAGAGAUUUUGGUAGUUACGGUUACCUCCUUCCCCCGAGCCAAGUGCUGCCGUCAUGCGAAGAGACCUUCGAUUCUAUCAUGUCAUUAUUAAGAGAAGCCAGACAUGAAAACAUCAUCUAA